AUGCAGUCCACAGCCGCUACUACUGAGGGUAUUAGCAGCCCCCACUAUGGGGUCUACACACUCCCCACUUUCAAGUUCCAGCCUCGCAAUGAGAGCCUAGACUGGAGGCGUAUUAGCGCUCUGGAUGUGGACCGUGUGGCUCGGGAGCUGGAUGUGGCCACUCUGCAGGAGAACAUUGCUGGCGUCACCUUCUGCAACUUGGACCGGGAGGUGUGCAGCCGCUGUGGGCACCCUGUGGACGUGGUACUGCUCAAGGUGCUGCGCCUGGCACAGCUCAUCAUAGAGUACCUGCUGCACUGCCAGGACUGCCUGAGUGCCAGUGUUGCCCAGUUGGAGGCACGGCUGCAGGCCAGCCUGGGCCAGCAGCAGCGGGGCCAGCAGGAACUGGGCCGCCAGGCCGAUGAGCUCAAGGGAGUGCGGGAGGAGAGUCGCCGACGUCGCAAGAUGAUCAGCACCCUGCAGCAGCUGCUGAUGCAGACAGGUGCUCACAGCUACCACACGUGCCACUUAUGUGACAAGACAUUCAUGAAUGCCACUUUCCUCCGGGGUCACAUCCAGCGCAGGCAUGCAGGAGUGGCAGAAGGAGGAAAACAGAAGCAAGAGAAGCCUGUGGAGGAGGUGUUGGAAGAGCUACAGGCCAAGCUAAAAUGGACCCAAGGGGAGCUGGAAGCUCAGAGGGAAGCUGAGAGGCAGCGGCAGCUCCAGGAAGCAGAGUUCACUCGUCAGAGGGAAAUAGAAGCUAAGAAGCACUUUGAUGAAUGGAAAGAAAAAGAGCGGACCAAGCUUUAUGGGGAAAUAGACAAGCUAAAGCAAUUAUUUUGGGAUGAAUUUAAAACCGUUGCCAACCAGAACUCUACGCUAGAAGAGAAACUGCAGGCACUGCGGUCUCACAGUGCAACAGAGUCCCACCUCGGAUCGCUGCGGGAUGAGGAGUCAGAGGAGCGACUCAGGCAGGUGCAGGAGCUCCAGGCCCUGAGAGAGAAGAUGGAGAUUCAGAAUACAGAGUGGAAGAGAAAAAUGAAGAAACUGCAGGAAGAGCGUAUGGCUGAGAGGAGAGAGCUGCAGGAGGAGAAUGAGAGGCUCCAGGCCUCCCUGUCUCAGGACCAGAGGAAGGCAGCUGCCCAGUCUCAGCGCCAGAUCAAUGCCCUCCGGGCCCAACUACAGGAACAAGCCAGGCUCAUUGCCUCCCAGGAGGAGAUGAUCCAGACCUUGUCCCUCAGGAAGGUGGAGAGGACCCAAGAGGUGCCAAAGGCUGUGGACACAGAGGAGGACUCUCCUGAGGAAGAGCUAGAAGACUCCCCACACGAGCAGCAGAAGGUACUGGCAGCUCUGAGGCAAAACUCUUCCUUGCUGAAGCAGUUCCGGCCCAUCCUGGAGGACACCCUGCAAGAGAAGAUGGAAGACAUGGGGAUAAAGAGGGAUGCAAAGGGAAUCCCAGUUCAGACCUUCAAACACCUGGAGUCCCUACUGAGAGCCCAGCGGGAGCAGAGGGCCCGGAAGUUUUCUGAAUUUCUGAGCCUGAGGGAAAAGCUUGUCAAGGAAACCAUCCGCAGAGUGAAGGAGAGACAGACCGAGGCUUCCGUGUUUCAUCAGGAUGGUCAGCCUCCAGUCAAAAGCCAGCAGAGCCCACUGGAUACCGGAAAGGCCCAGCCAAAGACCAGGACCCUGCACAAGGUGUUGCCAUCCAAGCUGGCAGAGUCACCCACACCAACCCUUCAGAACCGCAGCAGCCGUGGCCUUGGCCUGGCCCAGGUGUCCACCCCUACUCCACGCCCCAGGCUACACAAACCCUCCAGCAUCCCUGCUUCUCCAGGGCCCGGGUUGAGCAGCACGCCCCCAUUCAGUUCUGAAGAGGAGUUGGAGGGGGACACUGGGCAUCACGUGCCUCUCCAGCCUCCACGGACUCCUUCCAGGACAGUGCCCAAGCUGGAGGAUUCCUGGGACUGGUCUGACACUGAGACCUCAGAGGAGAAUGCCCAGUCCCCUGGCAAGAGCUCAGGUGGCCUGGCUUCCUCGGGAACGCUGGUCCAGUCGAUGGUCAAAAACCUUGAGAAGCAGCUUGAGACUCCUGCAAAGAAGCCUGCUGGAGGGGUCAGUCUGUUCUUGAGGUCCAACACAGGGCUGCAGAGGGCUUCCACGCCAAGAGGGAAGCCUCAGCUUUCUGAAGAUGAGAGUGACUUGGAGAUCUCUUCCUUGGAAGAUCUUCCCCAGGAUCUGGAUCAAAGAGAGAAAACAAAGCCCUUGUCCUGCUCAAAGCCACCAGAGAAGUCUGAUGCCGGUCCUUGGAGCUCUGGCAGACCCAGGGUUUCUGGCUGGUGA